AUGGUUUUCAUUUUAUGGCCCUUAAGAUUGGGAAUUUAUGUGCCAGAGGAGAAACAUUUUCCUUUUUCUCAUCCUCAAACUUCUCGAUUCUUCCUUUCUGCUUGCAUAAGAUUUCCGCAAUUUACCUUGGAUUUACAAUUACCACCAGAAGAAGAUUUUGUGCUCAGAGAUUAUUUAGGUAUGCAAAAUAAGGAAUGGGAAGAUACAGAAAGCUUUUAA